CUCUACAACUACAACUACACGACACCUGUUGCUCUCUCUCUCUCUCUCACUAUUUAAAUCACUUUCCGUUUUCAAUUUCCAUUUCCAAACUCUUCCAGUCCUUUCCACUUUUUCUCGACAAUUACAAGCUCCAAACUCCGAUUACACACGGAACACUAAAAAAUAGAGAUUAGAGAUAAAGCGAAAGAAGCCUCAAGUCUUAAGAAGAGUUAAGACUCUCUCAUCAACUCCAUGCACCACCGCUCCUUCAAUGAUUAGGAGGUGGAGGAGAAGCUAUGACGACGAAGAAGGGCGCAGCAGCAAUAGCGUUAGCGUGGUGGAGACACGUAGUAAUAAGGUGGUGGAGCUGUAAGUGUAAGUGUAAGUGUCAGUGGAAGCUGAAGCUGUUGCUUUUCCUCUCCGUGGCGCUCACCCUCUACGCUCUCUUCACCUUCCACUCCACACAUUCGCCUCCCGAUAUCUCCUUCUCCUCCUCCUCCUCCUCCUCUCUGUCUCCGUCUCGUCACCGACUACUUCGCCUUCAAUUCGACGGCGUCCCUAAGAUCGCCUUUCUUUUUCUCGCUCGCCGCAAUCUCCCUCUCGAUUUUCUCUGGGACUCUUUCUUCGAGAAUGCUGACGUGGCGAACUUCUCGAUCUAUGUUCACUCGGCCCCCGGGUUCGUCUUCAAUGAGUCCACAUCGAGGUCCGCUUUCUUUCGCGAUCGACAAUUGAAGAAUAGCAUUCAGGUGGGAUGGGGAGAAUCGAGUAUGAUCCAGGCAGAGAGGUUGCUAUUUGAUGCAGCGCUUGAGGAUCCAGCAAAUCAGAGAUUUAUUUUAUUAUCUGAUAGUUGUGUUCCUCUGUACAACUUUAGCUUUAUAUACAACUAUGUGAUGGCUUCUCCAAAGAGUUUUGUGGACAGCUUUCUUGAUAAGAAGGAGAAUCGCUACAACUCAAAGAUGUCACCUGUGAUACCAAAGGAGAAAUGGCGAAAAGGGUCCCAGUGGAUCACUUUAGUUCGAAGCCAUGCUGAAGUCAUUGUAGAUGAUGAGGUGAUUCUUUCAGCAUUUAAGAAAUUUUGCAAGCGACGUCCGCCUGUAGAUGCCAAAAAGGGGAAGCUGAAUAUUAAACUUCAGAAGCAGCAUAACUGUAUUCCAGAUGAGCAUUAUGUGCAGACAUUGUUAGCGAUGAGUGAUCUUGAAGGUGAACUUGAACGAAGAACAUUAACCUAUACUGUGUGGAACCAGUCUGCUACAAAAAUGGAGAAUAAAGGGUGGCAUCCUUUUACAUUCAAUUUUGCAAAUGCUGGCCCUAAACAAAUCAAGGAAAUUAAGGACAUCAACCAUGUAUAUUAUGAGACCGAGUUCCGAACAGAAUGGUGUCGGAGUAAUUCUGCCCUUGUUCCCUGUUUUUUGUUUUCUAGGAAAUUUUCUCAGGGAGCUGCCAUGCGCCUUUUGAGUGAUGGAGUGGUUGGUCACGCUGAUACCUCUGAAGUCUGAAGUCUGAACUGCUAGGCUCACCCCCAUAAUUUAUGGCUUAUCUUCUUACAGCCCUCUAACAAUCUAGUGAUGCGUUUAAAACUAUAAUUUGGGCGGCAAGUGGAAUGCCUGCUAAAGGUUUACAGAAUACAUUACACACAGGACCUAUAUUGAUACUAGAGACUAGAGAAAAAGAAUCGUACCUGCGGCUGUAAAGUUACUUCCAGAGACGAAGAGCUGUAGGAUCAUAAAGUUACUUCCAGAGACGAAGAGUUGUAGGAUCAAAUAGUUCAUAGGGGCUUCAAUGCAUCAUGCUGACGCCCACUGAGAGAUCAUUAUGAGUAGUUUUAACUUCAUUGCAUUAUUACCAUAGCAGUAUGACCCAUUACAUUUUUUAUAAGGUUACAAAUUUGUAGUUCAGAAAAUUGUUCAUAUUCUAAAUGUUUUAAUUUUUACGAGUUGGCUGAUGAAAACGCCCAAAACAGCAA